AGAAAAAAAUAAGUUGAUGGCAAACCGUCUUCCCUCCACAAAGCUCCUUCAAAGCCUCUGUCGUUUCACCAGACCCCUAAACUCCGUCGCCCCUGAGUCAAUCGCCGCCGCAACCGCCGUUCCUCCUCUUAACUUCGACGAUAAUAAAACAGAACCCAUUUUCACCACCUUCAGAUCGCCAACCGAUUCAAUUCUUAAUCUCCACGACGUUCGUGCUCUUUUUUCAACCGUAUCAACGCCUAAGUUUGUUAGAUCGGCGUUAAACCUUCAUGCAUCUGCGAUCGGUCCUAUGGUUGAUUUAGGUACGUGGGUUAUGAACUCCAAACUAUUGAAAGUUCCUAUUUUACGUGAGGCUACGUUGGCUGUAAUAAGACACACAGUUUUCCAACACUUUUGCGCCGGUGAGACCCCUGAUGAGGCUGGUCAGACUGCUUCUAAACUUUGGGAGGCUACCGGAAUCAGAGGUAUGCUCGUUUAUGGGUUAGAACAUGCUUCGGAUAACGAUUGGUGUGAUCGAAAUUUACAGGGUUUUUUACAAACCGUCGAAUCCGCAAGAUCCCUUCCUCAAUCUUCGGUGAGCUUUGUAGUGGUGAAGAUCACGGCGAUAUGUCCGAUGGAUUUGCUCCGGAGAGUGAGCGAUCAUCUGAGAUGGCAACAUAGAGAUCAAACAGUACACCUUCCAUGGAAACGCGAUACGCUCCCCAUAUUUUCAAACGCGAGUCCUUUAUAUCACACCUUAAAAUCCCCACCGCCGCUAACGGCGGAGGAAGAACAGAAUCUUGAAUUAGCAUAUCAAAGACUCCAUAAACUUUACCUAUUAUGCUGCGAAGCUAACGUCCCGUUAAUGGUCGAUGCAGAGGAUACAAUCGUUCAACCUGCCAUAGAUUACUUAACAUACAGUUGUGCAAUCAGCAGUCAUGGACAAAUAGACGAUCCGAUUCUGUUUAAUACGAUUCAAACGUAUCUUAAGGAUGCUAGGGAAAGGUUGUUUCUUGCUCAGAACGCCGGCGAUAAGAUGGGUGUACCGAUGGGAUUUAAGCUAGUUAGAGGCGCUUAUAUGUCAAGCGAAGGUCAAUUAGCUUCCCAUUUGGGAUCUGAAUCUCCAAUUCAUAACUCGAUAGAGGAAACCCAUGCAUGCUUCGAUGACUGCACUUCCUUCAUGCUCGAGAAGAUCGCCGGCGGCGGCCGUGGGGCUGUCGUUCUCGCAAGCCAUAAUCUUGUAUCAGGGAUGAAAGCAGCGAGCAAAGCAACGGAAUUGGGUAUUGAAAGAGAAGACAAAAGGCUUCAAUUUGCUCAGCUUUAUGGGAUGGCGGAUGCACUUUCUUUCAGUCUGAGAAACGCAGGUUUCCACGUCAGCAAAUACAUGCCAUUUGGCCCCGUGGAGCUUGUUAUGCCGUACCUUCUCAGACGUGCAGAGGAGAACAAAGGGGUUCUCGCCACGUCAUCCCUUGACCGACAGCUCGUCAGGUGGGUACCAUAA